AUGGACAAUUCUUGGAGUCCAUUUGUGAAGAAGAAAUAUAACCCUCUUCAAGUUGGUAGUAUUGAUGGAACAGACACAGCUGAUAUUCAUGAUAAUGGCAUAGUUAGAGCGCUUGAUGCAAAGUAUAAAUCAAACAAAAAAGUCAUUGGAAAUCCAGAAUCUACCUUAUUCAUAGCAAGACUAAGUAAAAAAACAGAUGAAGAUACUAUAAUGAAAGCAUUUAAAAAAUAUGGACCUAUAAAACAUUGUCGAUUAAUAAGGGAUAUAGUCACAGGAUUUUCAAAGUGUUAUGCUUUUUUAGAAUUUGACAAUGAAGAUACUGCCUUGACUGCUUUUAAUAGUACAUCAUAUAAUCUUAUCUUAGACGGACAUGAAGUGCUAGUAGAUAGAGAGUGUGAAAGAGUUUUAGAGGGCUGGGUGCCAAGACGUUUAGGUGGUGGUUUUGGAGGAAAAAAGGAAUCGGGACAACUCAGAUUUGGCUGCAAGGACCGUCCAUUCCGUAAACCUUAUUCUUUGGAAAGAAAAGAAAAGGAAUUUCGAGGAAGAACUGAAAAUAGUUAUUCUAGAAAUAAAGAACAAAGUUAUAAUAGAAGAUAUGAUAAAUAA